AGACUAUUCGACGCAUAUAUGAAAGAAAAUCGGUCUGCCGAUUCAGCUGACGAAUCCCUUUUUUGGGUCUUGACAAUGGGGCUACUCUUUCUUAUUUCAAAUUGGAAUUGCUGCCCUUUAUAAUUCUUCGGGCAGUUCUCUGCUGAUGUUGUCUGUGGAUGACAAUAACCUAGGCGCUUUGUUCGUCGUCGUUCGAUGAUGAUGAUGAUGUCGACGCUAGAUGGGCUACUGAUUCUUCUAGGGCUUGUCCUUGUCAGUGUAAAGGCUGACUAUGGCCCUUAUUUCCAGUCUGCGGAUUAUGACGAGGGGAAAUUCGGUGAAUGGCCCACAGAAACGUAUCGGUCUUCGCCGAUUGUUGGCCCGUCGCUGAAUUAUCUGCAGUAUAGCGACGAGUGUAAGGAUGGACUUUACACUUUUAUCGCGCCCCGAGGGAAUAAAGUAGCCAACCCGGGGCCAAUGAUCCUCGACCAGAACGGACAUCUUGUUUGGACAAAGCACUAUGGCCAGACGUAUAAUCUGAACGUCUACACGUUCAAGGGCCAGCAGUAUCUGACGUUCUGGGUGGGGGACGACGGCGUGCGCGGACAUGGCGAGGGAGCGUACUAUAUGCUAGACUCGUCUUACCGAGAAGCCUACAAAAUCAACGCAGCAAACCGCCUCCGGGGUGACCUGCACGAAUUCCACAUCACCCAAGACGACACAGCCCUGAUCACCAUCUACGACGUGAUCCCCGCAGAUCUCACCCCCGUCUCAGGCCUCGAAGAAGGCUGGAUCUACGACGGCACCUUCCAAGAACUCGACAUCGAAUCCGGCAAACUCCUCUUCCAAUGGCGCGCCUCUGACCACUUCAACUUCACCGACAUGUACCGCCCCCGCGAGAACGGCGACUCAACCCGCUACCCAUGGGACUUCUUUCACAUUAACAGCGUCGACAAAGACGCCCGCGGCAACUACCUAAUCUCGUCCCGCUAUGCCAGCACCUUAGCCUACAUCGACGGCUGCACCGGCUCCAUUCUCUGGCACCUCGGCGGCAAGAACAACAACUUCCAAGAUCUCUCCCACGGCGCCGCCACAAACUUCUCCUGGCAACACCACGCCCGCUUCCACACCAACGGCUCUGCAAUCACCCUCUUCGACAACGCCUCCCGCGGUGACCCACCCGCCACCAACCCCCAAUCCCCCUCCCGCGCCCUCUACCUCUCCCUCGACUACGAAUCCAUGACCGUCAACCUCACCCACCAGUACCUCAACCCCGAAUCCCCCACCUCCCAAUCCCAAGGCUCCGUCCAACUCCUGCCCCCCACCCCCAAGUCCCCCACCCCCAAGGUCCUAGUCGGAUACGGCCACAUCCCAACCUGGACCGAAUACUCCCUCUCCGGCCAGGUCCUCUGCAACACGCACUUCGGCGCCGCCUCCGGAGACGGAAAUGUCAUGUCCUACCGCGUCCUCAAAUACCCCUGGUCUGCCUCCCCGCUCACAUCCCCCGAUAUAGCGGUGUACCGGUACACAGCCGCCGUGAGCUGGAACGGCGCCACGGAGAUCGCCACCUGGGCGCUGGAGGGUGGGGAUUCCCCUCGUGCCAAGUCGUAUGCCUUUGUAGCCGCGACGCCGAAGAUGGGGUUUGAGACGGUGGUUGAUAUUCCCGCUGAUGCGACGGUGAGGUAUAUCCGGGCGGUGGGGUUGAAUUCCACGGGGCAUGUGCUGGGGAGGUCGAAAUUGGUGAGGUGGGAUCCUGGGUCUGAGGAGGCGGUUGUGGGGAGGCACGAUGAGGUUGAACCGGGGCCUGGGGUAAGGGAGCUCUGGUUGUUUUUUGGGGCGUUUGUGUUGGUUUUGGGGGUUGCGGGUGGGGUCUGGAUUGUUUAUCGGCGCUGUGGGUUGUGUAGAGGGGAGGAUAGGGAGAGGGGCGCUUGGCAGCCCUUGGAUCGGUUUAAUGGGGAUGAGGAUUUGAGUGAGGGGGAGAUGGAUGAGGUGGAGUUUGCGCUUUUGGGGGAGGAGAGGGGGAGGAUUUGGCACGAGGAUGGUGAUGACUUGGGGUUUGGCGACAGAGAUGUUUACCUUCGCCAGUACUAUGUAUAACACGAUGAUACCAAGCCAAAAACUACGUGAAGCUAAGUAUGAGCUAGUAGACUACCAAUGGUACAACGGACAUUAUCUUAUUGCCGAUUGGAGCAGAUUGCAGCAUGCGUCGCCGGUCUUACUGUUUACCUGGACAGAUUACGGUAUACUCUACAAGCACGCUGCAAGCAUCCCAAAGCAGCAUCAAAAGAGAUAUACUUGAUGAGACUUUCGGCUUGCAUUGGAUCGUAUGACUAGUAGCAGAUAAACUAUCCAUU